GCAGUGGACAAAUAUUGAAGCUUCCUGACAAGUGCAGGUGGAUCGAUGUUGUGCGACGCGUGAACGGGCUGGCACGUGAGAACGCGCGAGCAAGGAAUCCGCUUUCAGAGGAAGUCGUUGCCGGCGUGACGAGCGCCCAGACUGAUGCCUUCAGUGCCGCCCAACAAACAUCAAGCGCCCACCUCCACCAAAGGACGAUAUGAGCCCUGCAUGAGCAGCAGUCCGAGAAAACAUCGCGGUCCACCACGUGGGAUUGACACAUUCUCCUCGCCGCAGAAGCCGUCGUUUGGUGCAUCCGAUCGGACCGUGAAGACGCAACUCUCACCAACUCAGUCUAAACUUUCCCCAAUUAACGGUCGACUUGAUUAUUCCGGUCAGGAUAUCUCUAUCGACGAUCUAGGCAACCCCGACUCGCUUUUCGAAGAGAGCCCUGGCGUAUUCAGGCCCUCCCCUCAAUCCGUCCCUCCGAUAUACCACAACAUCGACCGGGCGAACAGAAGAAAUAUGGUCAGGGAGAGGGAAGCGGCGCCUCUGCCCCAACGUACCACCGCCGUGCCAUCCAAGCUCCCUCAAGAGCGGGCAAACACCAAUCCAGAGUUCGGCAAGGCGAGUCCCUUGCGGAACCCGCUGAAGAAGGAUGCACAGAACGAUCAAUAUUCUCACCUGUUCAACGUGCCAAAGGCAGGCCAGUCACGCCCAGAGCAUCACCGUGUGCCUACAAAUGAAUUACGAAAGCCACCGCCUCCCCCGUUUGGCUUAAAUGGACAGGCUCAGUCGCGGCAAGAGCAGUACCGGGCACCCACAGAUGAGCUUAGAAGGCCACCGUCUCACUUGAAUGUUAAUAGUCAUGGUUUGGCGGGGCAGGGGCAGCAUAGAAGCGUUCCCCAUGCGUUCAAGCCUGAUUUCUCUUCUAUCGGGCCGCGCCCUGGGACGGCGUCAUCAACAGAAUCUGAUCUUCUCGAGAUACCCGCUUCCCAGUUCCAACGAAAACCAUACCAUGGCGUCCCGUUACCGAGGCCUAGAGAGGCUAAACUGUCCUCCAUACCCCCCGCACCCCGUCCACUAUAUUCGUCGAUGGGGCACUCGGACGGAUUCAAGCCUCUGAAUCCUGGUUCUAUUCCACUCAACCCUCACGGGUCCCGGCAGACGGUUAUAAUCGCAGAUCCUUUGCUGAAGCGCCGCGAAAUGGAGGAUGAUGAGGACAACUUUGAUCCGGACGCGGCCAUUCGAGCCGAAGGACAACAAUUUGGUGCUCCGGAUCCGCUUGCGUAUGUGGAUUCUGCAAAGGCUCAGGAAAAUAUCAAAGCACUUUUAGAAGGUGCCUUCGAAGGAGAUGAUGAGAGGAUACCACGGACCCGCGGCCGAAAACACAAGAAACAGCAACAGGCUGAGAAGGAUGCGGCAUCCAUAGCGGAUAAACUAGCAUCUUUGAAAGUCGACGAUGCGGGGAAGGCAUCCGACGAAGAUGAAGGUGAAGAUGAGGAUGCCGAGGACGACGGAACUGUUGAAGGAUUGAAAGUCAGGUUACUACCGCAUCAAGUGGAUGGGGUUGCGUGGAUGAUCGAGAAAGAGACUGGGGCGCAUAUGAAGAAGAUGCCACCUAAAGGGGGUAUACUUGCGGAUGACAUGGGUCUCGGCAAGACGAUACAGUCUAUUGCUCUCAUUCUCUCCAAUCCACGACCAGAAAAAGACGUCGAACUUGAGAACAAGAAGAACAAAAUCCUGCCUACCGUUCGAAAAGGGACGCUCAUCGUAGCCCCUUUGGCUCUCAUCAAACAGUGGGAAUCUGAGAUCAACGACAAGGUUCUGAAGUCGCACAGUUUGAAAGUACUCGUGCAUCAUGGGCCCAAUCGAACGAAAUCCAUCGAGAAGCUCAAAAGCUAUGAUGUUGUGAUUACCACAUAUCAAGUUCUCUCGUCAGAACAUGCUAGCUGCGGUGAGGGACCUGACGGACUUAAGAAGGGCUGUUUUGGCGUUCACUGGUACAGAGUCAUUCUCGAUGAAGCUCAUACCAUCAAAAAUCGCAAUGCAAAAAUGACGAAGGCCUGCUACGAUAUCCGCGCCCAUUAUCGUUGGUGUCUCACCGGAACACCCAUGCAGAAUAACCUUGAUGAGCUUCAAAGUUUGAUCAAGUUUCUGCAGAUCAAACCAUACUGUGACCUUUCCAGUUGGAAGGAUUCUAUAUCUGGUCCCAUGAAAAACGGUCGAGGGAAUCUCGCGAUGCGGCGCCUUCAGAUAUUCCUCAAGGCUUUCAUGAAGCGACGCACUAAAGACGUCCUCAAAAAAGACGGUGCCCUCAACUUCGGAGGCAAAGACAAAGAAACCGAGGACAAGGGUGGCUUCCGGAUUGUCGCUCGCAACGUCGAGAAUGUCAUAGGCAACUUCACCGCUCAAGAACGGCUCUUCUAUAACAGGUUAGCGAACCGUGCAGAAUCCCGUUUGGCGGAGAUGAUGGGCGGCGAAAAGACUGAUUACAUCGGAGCCUUGGUGUUGUUGCUUCGGCUGCGACAGGCUUGCAACCAUCCCAACCUGACAAAGAGCAAUGUGAAGGAUGACAAAGAUGCAUUGACUACCGGUUCCAAAUCUAGCUCUCUUAGCGGUACCCAAACACCACGCAAGUCCAAAGACACCGAUGCAGAUGACCUCGCUGAUUUACUUGGUGGACUGAGCGUUGCAACUAAGCGCUGUGAUAUCUGUCAGAAGAUGCUGACAAAGGACACUACUUCUACAGACGGAAUUCGGUGCCUUGAGUGUGAGAACGAUCUUAACCUAUCACAGAAGAAGCCGCGAAGACACAAAAAGCAUCGAAAAGAUAAACACAAGCACCGAAGAUCUCACAAGCAAGCUGAGGACGAAGAGAAGAAAUUUGCUCCUUCCAAGUCAUCACGGCAGCGCCGAGUAAUCGUGGACAGCGACGACGAAGACGGAGAGGAAGGCGAAUGGAUAGUCCCUGAAGACCAGCGUGAUGUGCCCGAUCUUGGAAAGGCUGGUGGGACCGACGAUGAGGACGCUGAGGGAGGCGGCGAUACAUUGGGUUCAGUCGAUUCAGACUCAUUUGCUACCGAAGACUCUGCGUCGAAGGCUGAGCUGGACUCGUUCAUCGUUCACGACACGCACAGUGAAAAUGAAGGCCCCGUUGUGCGGAAAAAGGAAACGAAGAAGAAGGUCAUCGACCUCAAAUCCGAUGAUGAAUCCCAAAGCGAGGCAUCGGACGAUGAGAGUUCUGGCACAGAGCUAGGGGAGUCGGAGACCGAGGAAGAAUCUGAAGUUGAGUAUAAUGAGUCUGAACUUACGCCAUCUACCAAGAUCCGGCAGCUUCUUGCGAUACUGGAGAAAGAGACUCCGGAGCACAAAGUCAUCGUCUUCUCCCAAUUCACCUCGAUGCUUGACCUCAUUGAGCCGUUCUUGCGCCGGGGUCGGUACAACUACACCCGCUAUGACGGCAGCAUGCGCAAUGAUCUUCGCGAAGCCAGUCUCCACAAGCUUCGUAACGACAAGCGUACAAGGGUGCUGCUCUGCAGCUUAAAGUGCGGAAGUUUGGGUCUCAAUUUGACGGCAGCUAGCCGUGUUGUCAUCAUGGAACCGUUCUGGAAUCCUUUCGUGGAGGAGCAAGCGAUUGAUCGUGUGCAUCGUUUGAAUCAAACUGUUGAUGUGACUGUAUACCGCCUGUCUAUUCAUGACUCCGUCGAAGAACGCAUCCUCGAGCUGCAGGAAGCCAAGCGCAAGCUUGCGGCAGCGGCUUUGGAAGGCGGCAAGGCAAUGGGCAAGUUGAGCAUGAAGGAUAUGCUUGCGCUGUUCAAGCGUGACGCUGAAUACGACAAUCGCCAUGUCGACGAUGGAAGCGAUGAUGCGCUCUUUGCCCGAAUGCGUGUGCUUGAUAGCCCGGUUAAGAGUGCUAUGAGUAUGCUGGAGAGAUCCGAGAGCACAGAUCGUAAACGGAGGAAGGCUGGUAGUCUCGGCCUUAAACGCGUUGAAGAUAGCGUUUGGGGUCGUCGCUAAAACGCUGCAUUUCGAAGUGUCUCCUUAUCAGGCGUUGGCGUGAAGGCGGUAUAGAACGUGGCGACUGACAGAACCGUAUGGGACGGCUCUAUUGGGUUCUGGAUCCUGGUUCAUGAUAUGGUGUAAUGCCUCCUAAACAUUUUGAUAGGCAAAUCAAUAACCUGAUCUUCCCGCCUAGACUUCCUGUGGUGAGCUUGCC